AUGAUUUCUAUUGGUGACAAAAUCACAGGAACUCUCUCGGCUGUUUGUAUUUCUGACUCAAUCAUCUCAGCUAUAAAUGAAGUGACAGUAGCAAAAAGGUUUUCUUCAAAAAUGGAUGGGAUGUCUUCAGAGACUAAUGAAGAAAAGGACAAUAUAGAGAGACCUGUUAGAAGACGACGUUCUUCAAUUUUGAAACCCCCAAGGAGCCCUCUUCAGGACCUCAGAAGUGGGAACGAAAUAGUUCAGGAGCCCAGUGCUUUGAGAAAUAGGAAAAGCUCUCGUCGAGUCAGCUUUGCAGAUACUAUAAAGGUAUUCCAGACAGAAGCUCAUACGAAAAUAGUGAGAGAGUCAGAAAUUGCAGAAACAGAAGCAAGGGAAAAUGUUCUAUUUAUGCAGAGUAAGAAUCCAGAAGAUAAUUACUGUGAGAUUACUGGGAUGAACACAUUGCUUUGUGCUCCCAUUCAGACCCAGAUGCAACAGAGAGAGAUUACAAUUACACAGUACAACCAUGAAAAGAAACAUACAAAUGACCAGACAGUCAUCUUUUCAGAUGAAAACCAGAUGGACCUGACAGCAAGUCACACCGUGAUGAUUACCAAAGGCCUUGUAGAUUAUACCAAAAGUGAAAAGUCCACCAAGAUAGAUACCACAUCAUUUCUAGCUAACUUAAAACUCCACACUGAGGAUUCGAGAAUGCAAAAAGAAUUAAAUUGUUCCAUGGAUCAAAACACUUCUUCAGAAAAGAAAAUAAAUUUCAGUGACUUCAUAAAAAGGUUGAAAACAGGAAAAUCUAUUUCUACAGGACCUGAUAAAGAAAAUUCUGAGAUGUAUAUUCAUUCCAAAGAAUCAAAUAGGGCCUCUUCUAUAGAUCAAAUGCAUGUAUCUCUUAAUGUAGAUGAAAAUGGCAGUAAUAUGACUAGAAUCUUUGGAGAACAAGAUAAUGGGAUGAAUUUCACCCAGUGUCAUACAGCCAAUAUUCAGAGUUUGGUUCCCACAUCUAGUGAGGCCAGCUUAAGGGAAUUUAAAAGUGAUGAUAUUACAGUUUAUGGCAGUGACUUGAUGGACUUGACAGCGAACCACACUGUACAAAUUUUACCCUCAGCAGAUAAUUUAUCUGAAAUAGAAAAUCAAGCUCAGAUUUUCACGAUGGAUGUUACAACAGGUUAUAAAACUAAAGCUCCAGAAAAGAAAACUGUUUUUAAGAGUAAAAUGAAUACUGCUCUUCAAGAUCUUUCCUUAAAUCCUAAAGGUGAAAUACAUAUUACCAGAAGUCAUAUUACAGGGACAGAAACUCACACAGUCACACAGACUUCUAAUCAAGAUAGCAGAACAUCAGCCAUGAUCCCAGAAUCUAUAUGUUCUAGUCCAGCUAUUCAAGAUUAUAAGACAUUUUUAUAUUCUAGCUGUAAUGAUGCCAUGGAAUUGACUAAGUGUCUCCCAAGUAUGAGACAGGAGAAAAAUUUGCUAAAGCAUGACAGUAAUUAUUCCAAAAUGUAUCCCAAUCCAGAUGCUGCCUCUCUUAUAGAGAAAACUAUUUAUUCUGGAGAGGAUAACAUGGACAUUACCAAAAGUCACACAGUUGCAAUAGAUAAUCAAAUUUUUAAGCAAGAUCAGACAAACGUACAGAUAGCAGCCAUACCAGUAUCUGAAAAAGAAAUGAUGCUCCAAAAUCACAUAACCGUGUCAAAAGAUGAGGAAAUGAAUGUAAAUUGUAGCUCAGUUCCUCAUGUAUUUAAGGAAAGAACACAACAGGGCCUGGCAAAUCCUCUGUCUAUUCCAUUGACUGGCAAAAAGACUGUAAUCUUCACAGGUGAAGAUAUGGAUUUGACUAAAAGUCACACAACUAACAUAGGAAGUCAAGUUCCUCUUGCAUUUUAUAAUCUAGCCUCUGAGAAUACAAAUAAAUCUCAGUCUGACAACAAAAGCCCUUUAGAUGAAUUAGAAGAAAUUACCAAAAGUCAUACCAAACCAUACCAACAACCAAACAUAAUAUCUGAAAAUAUCCUAACUGACACCUGGGGCAAAGAAAAAGAUCAAGUUUUGAAGAUUUCACCCUAUCUUGAUAAAGAUUUUCCUCAGUCAACCAAUAUUAACCAGGACAAAGCAACAAGCCAUAAUAUAGUAUACUCUGGUAGAGAUUUUAAUAAACAAGUAGCACUGGGAAAUAAUAGAAAUAUAGUUUCAUGUGAGCAAUCUUUGUUUCCUACUGCAAAACUAUUUUCAUCAGAAGGACAAUCUGCCAUGAAAAAUCAUAAUACUGCUGUUAAUAGUCAUACAGUAAAAUCUGUACCAAGCCAAAAUUCUAAACUGCCUGAACCACUCAGGAAAAGUUUAGGCAAUCCCACCCUUGACCCUACUCAUGACAAGACAAUUAUUUGUUCAGAAGAGGAGCAAAAUAUGGAUCUAACCAAGAGUCACACUGUUGUCAUUGGAUUUGGUUCUUCUGAAAUACAAGAAGUUGGUAAAACUAAUUUAGAAAACACAAACGGCCAACUAAUGGUAAACAGACAAGUAGCUAUGAAAGUUGAAAAAUGUAAUAAAACUCCUAUAGAAAAAACUGGAGUAUUUAUUUCUAAUGAUAUGGAUGUGUUUGAGGACAGAAAUGUACAGAAAUCUGGAUUUCUGAAUGGAAAGCAAGAUGUCAAAAUUUGUGAAAGGAAAAGUGUUGGCAGACUAAAAAUUGAUAGGACUAUUAUAUUUUCAGAGUGUGAUUUAAAUGAUAUGGAUAUCACCAAGAGUUAUACAGUGGAAAUAAAUCAUAGACCUUUAUUAGACGAACAUGAUUCCCAUUUGGUGCCGUUGGCAGGAACUUCUAAAACUGUUUUGAAUACACGUGGGGAGGAUGACAUAGAGAUCACUAGAAGUCAAACAAGUGCCAUAGAAUGUGACACUGUCUCACCAGAUGAAAUAACUACUAGGCCUGUGGACAAAACUGUAAUGUUUGUAGAUAAUUGUGAUGAACUAGAAAUGACAAAGUCCCACACUGUUUUCAUUGACUACCAAGCAAAGGAAAGAACUGUGCUUCCGGACAGACCUGACUAUGAACUAUCCAAAAGGAAAAGCCUAGUCAAACCAAAAGUGACUUCUGCUGAGAGUUAUUUCUUUCCUCAGAAAGGUGAAAGUGACCAUUCAGCAAAAGUCAGCCAGCUAACACUGUUGGGGGGACGGUCUAAUAGUGGUCUUAUGGAGAAAACUGUAGCAUUUAUAGCUAAUGAUAACAUGGAAAUGUCUACAUCAACCGUUUGGAAAAAUGACAAAGAUGUACAAAAGCUUGGAUUUCUGAAUGAGCCUCUGUCAGGCAAAAGUCAAAGAAGGAAAAGCCUUAGACUCAAUGACAAACCCAUUGUCUUUUCAAGUAACGAUAAAAAUGAUAUGAAUGUCUUCCAGAGUUGUAUAGUGGAAAUAAAUAACAAAAGUGCCCUGGAAGACAGAGGGGACUUGGCAGGAACUUCUAAAACUAUUUUGUAUACGCCUGGGCAGGAUGACAUGGAGAUCACUAAAAGUCACACAACUGCCUUAGAAUGUAAAACUGUCUCAUCAGAUAAAUUAACCACUAGGCCUAUGGACAAUACUGUAAUGUUUGUAGAUAAUCACAGUGACCUGGAAGUCACCAAGUCCCAUACUGUUUUCAUUGAUUGUCAAGCUGAGGAGAAAAUACUUCAAGAGUGCCCUAAAUUUGGAAUAACAAAAGAAAAAACCUUGAGUGUUUCUUUUUCUAAGGAUAGUAGCUCUGUUCAAGAAAUCAUUAGGAAACAGGCACAGGCUACAGAAAACAAAAUUGUUCUUCACACUGAGCAAAAGUAUCAUGUGAUACCCUAUUCUGCUAAUACAUUGUCUGAGGAUCAAGGUGAGAUCGAAAUCAUCAAAUUCCAUAGCACAGCUGUGGAUGAAAAGGUCAGGGGAAAAGUUGUAGACCAGGCCCAUACAUUGGAAAAUGCCAAACUCGAAGGCUGCCACUUAAAUAGCAGAGACAGAAGAAAUGUGAAUUUUACAAACAGUUGUGCAACUGCUAAUUUUGGAUCCAGUGAUAAUUAUUCCUGUUUACCAAAUGUUAUUUCCUAUUUUGAUAAUUUGGAGGAGACUGCCAUGUCCUUAUGUAAUAAAAAUGAGAAAGCCAGUAAUUGCCCAGUACAAAAUGAUCUUGCUAAUGCAAAUGUUUUACCCAGUGAACAUGACUUGAAAUCUGAGGGACUGCCUCUCUCUGCUCCUUGUUCUUUGUUAGAGAAGGAAAAAGUUGUUCAAACCAAUACCAAAGGACAGUUAGACUGUAUCAAAACAGUGUUCAAAGAUCAAGAUCUGAUUAAGAAGCCCCAAAAUCUAUUAAGUAAUCAAACUUCAGUAUAUGGUGAAGAUUUGGGGGAUAUGACUAAACUUGAUACAAAGCAAGUACCUUUUAAGCUUCCAGAGGAUCAAACAGAGGCCUUUGUUGAUGUUUGUGUUCCUUCUCAGCCUCAUCUCUUAACCCAGCUACCUCCAUUACCUCAACAAGGACAUAAUAUUCUUAGUAAAGAUGAAAAAACAUUGUCUAAACUUGGAAAUAAGAAUUUAAAUAUUAUUAUAGGAAAUCCCUCAAUACCUACAUGUGGAAAUGAAUCCAAAAUGCUCAGUAAUGAGAAACAGGUUACUGUAGCAUGUGAAAAAGAACUGAAGAAAAAUAUUCAAGCAGCUAAAUGUAGUACAGCUAUAGAUUUCGACAGUAACUCAGACUUGACUAAACAAGUUAUUCAAACUCAUGCCAAUCUUAAAGUAGUGUCAGAUCCUGUAUUUGCAUUGAAUGCUGCAAAUUUUAGUAGUGUCAAACAAAAUCUGAAUAAUAUGAGUGGGAAAACUGAAGAAUUUUUAGAUUUUCAAACUGUCCAUAUUCCACCUUCUCCAGAACCAUUACUUAAAUUAGUAAGUAAGGCAGACAAUGAUGUGAGUAUAGUACAAGUCACAGAAAUGCAUAAUACUAACACAGUGUCCAGCAAUGUUAAAGAUAAUAGAGAUGAAGAAAAUAAAAUUUCUCAUAGUGGAGCUGAUACCAACUCUGUACCAUUAAUGACAGUUGUAAUGGAUAAAGUGAGGAGAUGUUCUCUGGGAAUAUUUUUGCCCAGGUUGCCAAACAAGAGAAAUUGUAGUGUCACUGGUAUUGAUGACCUGGAGCCGAUUCUGUCAGACACAGCUGAUUUAAAUCACUUCGAAACUCAGCCGGUCUCCAGUAAGGAUUCAGGCACUGGAUUUGUUGCAGCUAAAAUGAACUUAAGUCCAUCUCAAUAUAUAAAUGAGGAAAAUCUUCCUAUAUAUCCUGGUGAGAUUAAUUCUUCAGACUCUAUUAGCAUAGAAACUGAGGAAAAGGCUUUGAUCGAGACAUACCCAAAAGAAAUUUCACCAUCUGAAAACAAAAUGGAAGAAACCAGCAAUAGCCAGAAAAGAACCUGGGUACAAGAAGAAGAUGAUGAUGUUCAGAAUGAGAAAAAAAUCAGAACAAGUGAGAUUAAGUUUAGUGAUACUGCACAACAUCAAGAGAUUUUUGAUCACCGUGCUGAAGGGGAUAUAGAUAAAAAUGCUAACAGUGUAUUGAUAAAAAGCCCAAGCAGGACCCCAUCUAGUUGCAGCAGUUCUCUGGAUUCGAUCAAGGCUGAUGGGACCUCUUUGGACUUCAGCACACACCGCAAUAGUCAAAUGGAGUCACAGUUUCUCACAGACACUAUUUGUGAAGAGAGCUUGAAAGAGAAACUCAUAGAUGGGAGAAUAACAAUAAAGGAGUUCCUUAUACUUCUUCAGGUCCACAUUUUGAUACAGAAACCCCGACAGAGCACUCUCCCAGGCAAAUUUACUGUAAACACACAACCUACCCUGGAAGACCUGAUGUUAAGUCAAUAUGUUUACCGACCCAAGAUACAGAUUUAUAGAGAAGAUUGUGAGGCUCUUCGCCAAAAGAUUGAAGAGUACGAAAGAUUAAAGCUUUCUGCAUUGAACCAAGAUAAACUGUUGACUGAUGUAAAUAGGAACCUAUGGGAAAAAAUGAGACACUGCUCUGAUGAGGAGCUGAAGGCCUUUGGAAUUUACCUGAACAAAAUAAAAUCCCGUUUUACCAAGAUGACUAAAGUCUUCACUCACCAAGGAAAAGUGGCUCUUUACAGCAAGCUGGUGCAGUCAGCUCAGAAUGAGAGGAAGAAACUUCAGAUAAGGAUAGAUGAGAUGGACAGCAUCCUUAAGAAGAUUGCUAACUGUCUCACUGAGGUGGAAAUAGAAACUAAGAAUUUGGAGGAUGAAGAGAAAGACAAUCCUAUGGAAGAAUGGGAUUCUGAAAUGAGAGCUGCGGAGAAAGAACUAGAACAGCUGAAAACUGAAGAAGAAGAGCUUCAAAGAAAUCUCUUAGAACUGGAGGUACAGAAAGAACACACCCUUGCUCAGAUAGAUUUUGUGCAAAAACAAACAAACAGAACUGAAGAGUUACUGGAUCAGUUGAGCUUGUCUGAGUGGGAUGUCAUUGAGUGGAGUGAUGAUCAAGCUGUAUUCUCCUUUCUUUAUGACACAAUAGAACUCACCAUCACCUUUGGAGAGCCAGUAGGUGAGUAG